AUGAACUCGCAACUAAUUUUAGUAUCCAUUGUGCUAUUCAUAGCUGGUGCUAGUUGCGAUAAAUAUGAUUACCCGAUAUCCGACUACCUAGCUGUCCGAGACUCGCGAAACUUUACCGGUAAAGUGGUCCUGGUAACAGGGUCAAGUGCGGGUAUAGGGGCCGGUGUGGCUAAAUUAUUUUCCCUGUUGGGCGCCAAUGUGGUGGUCACCGGACGUAACCAAUCCCGCAUAGAUAGCGUGGCUCAAGAGGCUCAAGAAUUAUCACCUAAUAAGCUCAAGCCAUUGAAAGUAACGGCUGACCUAAGGGUGUCGGCUGAUGUCAAACGCCUUUACGAUACGACAAUGAAAACGUUUGGCAGACUAGACGUGUUGAUAAAUAACGCGGGUAUUUAUCCCAUGAGCAAUAUCUCCACCGACAACCUUAUUAACCAGUGGAACGACAUAUUUAAUACAAACGUUAUACCAAUGGUCGAGUUGGUCAGGCUAGCCGUACCGGCGCUGCAAAAGUCGCAAGGUUCAAUCAUCGACAUGUCCAGUAUUUUGGGAAUUGCCCCGGCGGCCACCCAAUUAGCCUACAGUACCUCUAAGGCAACAGUCCUGCACUUGACUCGCAUACUGGCGCUCGAGUUGGGACCCCUCGGCAUACGCGUCAAUACAAUCAAUCCCGGUGCUAUCGCUGUUGAGCGCACUGUCGUAAUAUCCGGUAAGGCUUUCGACGAACUUAUCCCGAGAACACCUCUACGCAGGAAUGGCCACGCCUUGGAUAUCGCGAAGGGGGCGGUGUUUUUGGCCUCCAGUGACGCCCAGUUUAUUACUGGUGCUAACCUGGUGAUCGAUGGGGGACUGGUGUACAACUAUCCCACCUAUAUACAAUAA